AUGUUAGCAGCACGACCGUUAUCCCUUUACGCUUCAGCCAUAUGCCUAUGGCUGGCUUCACCGAUACUUGCAAUCUCUCUCUCGAAAUGUUCCUCCCAGGAUAUUAGCCUCCCUGACCUGCCAGGAGUGACCAAGUUGUCGGUGACGGCCGAGCGCCUCGAGAACUUCCACAUCGUUGCAGAAGAUGCGAAUCCGGAAAGACAAUACGACGUCUCCCUCAACUUCUGCAACGUUACAAUCAACUACGCCCACCAAGGUUGGAGGGACAACGUUCAGGUUACCGUGUGGCUCCCACUGAAAGGAUGGAACGGCCGACUCAGUGGCAUUGGCGGUGCUGGACUGUCUUCACUUUGGACAGAUAACCGCUUUGCGCCCGCUGUGUCACGCGGAUAUGCGGCUGUUGGAACUGACGCUGGCCACGCCCGUAAUCCGAUAGACGCAACCAGUUGGGCCCUUGAUGCGGCGGGAAAUGUCAACUUCUUCCUCGUGCAGAACUUCUUUGCCCUCUCCCAGAACGAGGCAGCCAUUAUUGCUAAGAAAGUCAUCGCAGACCUCUACGGCCAGGGGCCACGGUACUCGUACUGGGACGGUUGCUCGACGGGUGGCCGCCAGGGCCUUAUGCUGGCUCAGCGAUAUCCCGCCGCUUACGAUGGCAUUCUGGCCGGAGCGCCAGCCAUCAACUGGGCGACAUUUGUUCCAGGCAUGUAUUACCCCAAGUUUGUCAUGGACCAAGAGGGCCACCAGUUGUCGCAGUGCGCGUUUGACGCCAUUCGUAAUGCCACCGUCAAGGCGUGUGACGGCCUAGAUGGUGUUGAAGAUGGCAUCAUAUCGGCCUUGGACCAGUGCGAUUUUGACCCGCGCUCGCUUGUGGGUAAAAAGUUUGAUUGUAACGGGGAGGCAAUCAAGAUUGCUGCCAAAGAUGCUGCCAUCGUACAGAAAUUCUGGGACGGUCCUAAACAGAGAGAUGGGUCCUUUAUGUGGUACGGGAUGAGCAAAGGCGUCGAGCUGAAAGGACUCGGAGGUGCCCCCUGCACACUUGCGGAGUGUGCGGGUGUCCCUUUCCAGAUCGCCUCUGACUGGAUCAAGCUGUUUGUCUUGCAGGACCCCAAUCUCGACCUUUCUACCCUUUCGCCCGAGGGAUACGAAGCAGCUGUGAACUUGUCUGUCAACGCAUAUCGAUCCGUUGCCAGCAACGACAAUCCGGAUUUGACCGAGUUCCGCCAAGCAGGCGGCAAGUUGCUGCACUGGCACGGCACGGAUGACCAGCAAAUCUACGCAAAAGGAUCAGAAAACUAUUACAACAAGGUCGAGGCUCGCCAUGCUUCUGUGCGGGACUUCUAUCGCUUCUUUUUCGCCCCUGGUGUAGCACAUUGCGGCUACGGCCACGGACUCCUUCCCGAGGAUCCAUUCUCAGCCUUGAUCGACUGGGUUGAGGAUGGCAAGGCUCCUGAUACCCUUUCAGCAGCCACAGCCGAUGGCAGCUAUCGUCGCAAUUUGUGUCCCUACCCCCAGGUACCUGCGUAUAGGGGCGGGGAUCCGGCCAAGGCUUCUUCCUUUCACUGCCAGGACUCUUACGAGAACCCGGAUUUGAAGGAUGAGCUGUAA